UUGUUCCAUCCUACAGAGUGGGACAUGAAAUUGCUAGUUAUUAUCGCGCAUACGUUAUAUAUUUGUAUUAUAUGACGACAUAUUUUCUUGGAUUGCAGUAGCUUGCUUUUCUCAUGAUAUAUGUAAUCAAUCUUUGGAUGUACGAGUGGUUUUUCGUUUUUCGUGGUGUUUCAUCAUUUGACUUUAAACAGAAGCAUUGCAAAUUGUAAUUGCAAGUUGACUAGCAGUUUUCUAAAGUUAAUAACAUACUGCGUGGUCGUCUUCUCAGCAAUAUGUCAACCUCAAGGUUUUUGAAGUAUAUAAAAACUGAUUGGAAAACAAUACUUGAAAAAAUCAACACGGAUGCAUUUGCCUCAGAAAAAUCGAAAAUUGGAAGCAGGCCUGCCUACAGUACGGCAACCGCCCCAGUAAUAAAGACAUCGCCAGCACUUGAAAUGUCUCAAAUCCCGUCGGAGGUUAAACAACCAAGCAGUAACUUGGAUCCAACAAUCAUUCAAAGGGCGUGGAAAUCGGCUCUACCAAACCUUGAAUUAGUAAACCAGCAGAAAUCGUCAACUUAUAUGGAGGUUGCCAAAGCCAUUGCAAAAGAUGCACAAUCAUUAAACUCGAGACUAGGAAAAGUGACGAAACAUGUGGAAACUGUCGGAUCAAUUAUUGAUCGACUUCAAUCAGAUGACCUCAAAGGUGAAAUGAGCAAAACGGUUUCCAAAAAGUCGUUUUCGUCGGGUUUAGUUUCUAUUGGGUCGGCGUUAUACUUUCUAUUCGUAGAAUAUUUUCCCCGGUUAUUCAAACUUUUUGGAAGUAAUGAUUCUCAAGAUGACUAAGCCAAACACUUAUUAUUAAUGUCCUUUUAAUGUAUUCUAUUUGAAACAAAUUUUGUACAAAUUGACGCUGAAUGUAAAAUAAACUUGUAAAUAUUUUUGUUUAA